AUGUCUCAAGGCGCAGAUUCGGCCCGGGGUGACGAUGCUGCUUCACUUAAGCUUGCAGUUGCUUCUUUGCUGAAUGAGGCACAGCCUACCCCCAACCCACCAAUCUCUUCGCGGAACAAAUCUGGUCAUGGAUUUUAUAAUGAUGCGACCGCCGAACUUCUCUGUCCGGUAGACUUUAACUGGGCAGAUAAGAGGUACAAUGAUGGUAAGUAUGAUCGCAAGGACCCGACGAAAGGGCUUUUCAAAAGUGCUUUACUUCUCAGGACGUUCAAACACAUAUUUACAUCCCCUAGCUCUGCCGGCGAGAUGCAACCAGAUGAAGAAGCAUUCCAUCGGGAACCUUCAUACAAGCGAUCAAGGACCUUAGGAGAACGACGCACCAGGUCUGAUGUUGCAGCGUUAUUAGGAAUGCGGUCAGUUCAGCCACGAGCUAUUGCAUAUUCAGCAUUGCAUUUUGCCUUGUCGAGCUGUGGGUCCUGGCGAACUGUCGAUGAUGAGUUCGAUCACCACCAAUUUUACAUUCAUAUGAUCAACUAUUUCGAACAUCCGCCAACAUCUACAGCCAAAGUUUCCGUUGAAAACCUACUCAUUUGGUGGAACCGGUGA